AAACUUACCAAGUAACCCAACUGUGUGUAUACUUCAGUCUAGGGUUCCAUCACACUCUUUCCUUCCCCAAAAUCCUUAAUCUGUCUUCAAUCAUCGCCAAUCAACUCUCGCUUGAAUGCUCCAACGUCGUAAAUGGCGGAAGAAGCUUCUCAAAUGGCGAAUUCGCCGAUGAUCAAGCCAAUAAACAAGAGUGUGGUACAUAAAAUUUGCGCGGGUCAAGUAAUUUUGGACCUUUCUUCUGCUGUGAAGGAGCUCGUUGAGAACAGCUUGGAUGCCGGCGCUAACAGCAUCGAGAUUUCUCUCAAGGAUUACGGCGAAGACUGGUUUCAAGUCAUCGACAAUGGUUGCGGCAUUGCUCCAAAUAAUUUCGAGGUUCUUGCCCUUAAGCAUCAUACGUCAAAAUUGGCAGAUUUUCCUGACCUUCAAUCUCUUACCACAUUUGGCUUCAGAGGAGAAGCACUGAGUUCCCUUUGUGCCCUGGGGAGUUUGACAGUUGAAACUAGAACUAAAAAUGAGUCAGUUGCUACCCACUUGACAUUUGAUAACUCCGGCCAAUUAAUAGCUGAAAAGAAGACAGCACGGAAAGUUGGUACCACUGUAACUGUUAAGAAGUUGUUCUCAAAUUUGCCUGUGCGGAGCAAGGAAUUUAAACGUAACAUUCGUAAGGAAUAUGGGAAACUUUUAUCUUUGUUGAAUGCCUAUGCUAUCAUUGCAAAAGGAGUUCGACUUGUCUGCACAAAUAUGUCCGGGAAAAGUGCAAGAUCUAUGGUCCUGAAAACCCAAGGAAGUGGAUCACUUAAAGAUAACAUCGUAACCCUAUUUGGCAUGGGCACUUUUAUUUGUUUGGAGCCCCUGUGUAUCCCAAUGCCAGAGAACUGCAGAGUUGAGGGCUUUGUCUCUAAAGCAGGUAAUGGCAGUGGACGAAAUACGGGUGACAGGCAAUUCUUUUAUGUAAAUGGUCGACCUGUUGAUAUGCCAAAAGUUAGUAAGCUUGUGAAUGAGCUGUAUAAAGGUGCAAAUUCACGACAAUAUCCGGUUGCAAUCCUGAACUUCAUUUUUCCAAUUAUGGCUUAUGAUGUGAAUGUGACACCAGACAAAAGGAAGAUAUUUUUCUCGGAUGAAGGAUCUAUCCUAAAAUGUUUGAGAGAAGCUCUGGGGAUGAUCUAUUCAGCCAGUUCUGUCACUUAUAAUGUUAUGAAUAUAGAUGUACCUGAUGAAAAGAAUGAGAAGUCACCUGCAUGUCCUGUGGGGUUGCAGCUGGCCUCUGAGCAGACAACUCGAAAAAGAUCUGAAGCUGAAGAAGUAUGUGAUAAGAAGCAAGUUUCUGGAGAUAGCAUGAGUACAGAAUCUAUUGGGAUAGACAACCAUCUUUCAUCUUUUGGUCUCCACAACAAUGUUCAAACGUCAAAAAACAGGGACUUUAGUCUUAAGGUCCACAGUAUAAAGAAGGAUUAUAGUUAUUCACCCGGAUAUAAUGAGAAAAAAGCAAAUAUUGGUAUUGAUCAACAAUGCCUAAAAGCGGCAGAAAGGGACGUCACAAUCAAUAGUAAUUUGACUACUAGGUCGGGUUCUACUCAAUCCUCACUUACCAAGUUUGUUACUCUGCAGAAGCGGAAAUAUGAAAAUAUGUCUAUACCCUUAUCUGAAGCUCCUAUCUUGAGAACUGAAUCUGGUCAAUGUAACCGAGAAAGCAAUGAUUGUGAAUUGCAAUUUGUUGCUGCAAGCUCAGCCACUAAAUUUCAUCAUGUUCACGAUUCUUCUGGGAUUUAUGCGCAUCAGUCAUCCAAGCAUUCUAAAGCUGCUGCAGGUCUGUGUAAAGCAACUAGUCCAGUUCCAAAUGAUGGUGAUGCGUGCAUGGAAGUGUUAACAGAGGACAUCAUGCUUCAAAAGGAAAGAGUGCCUCCUGCAGAAGCGGUUAUACCAAGUGGUUCAGGGAGAGCAAACUCGGAAAGUAUACUAGAAGAUGAAUCACACAGAGCUCUACCAUUACAAGAUAACCCCCCUCCUCCAUCUGCUCCAAAGGCCUCUUCUACUUUGGAAUUUGAUAUGAAAGAACUCAUGAUAAGGAGGAAGCAAAAAUUAUCGACAUUUAGGAGGACAAAAACAAAAAGGUGCUAUGCUGCUGCGACACUUGAACUUUCACAAGCGGACAAUGAAGAGUGGAAAUCUAGGGCUCUUGCUGCUGCCACCACUGAACUAGAAAGGCUUUUCAGGAAAAGGGACUUCAAUAGGAUGAAGGUGAUUGGGCAAUUCAAUCUGGGCUUUAUAAUUGGGAAGCUAGACGAAGACUUAUUUAUUGUGGAUCAGCAUGCAGCUGAUGAGAAAUAUAAUUUUGAGCGCCUUUCAGAAGUAACGGUCAUGAACCAGCAGCCAUUACUGCGGCCCAUUAGGAUGGAACUGUCCCCAGAGGAGGAAAUAGUUGCCUCAAUGCAUAUGGAUAUAAUUAGGAAAAAUGGAUUUUCCUUGGAAGAGGAUCUAGAUGCAUCUCCAGGCAAUCGUUUUAAGUUAAAAUCUGUGCCCUUCAGUAAAAAUGUAACAUUUGGAGUUGAAGACGUGAAAGAGCUCAUUUCUACUCUUUCGGAUGGUCAAGGAGAAUGCUCGAUUAUGAGUACUUAUAAGCUGGAUACCUCUGAUUCAGUUUGCCCCACGAGAGUACGUGCUAUGCUAGCAUCACGUGCCUGCAGGUCGUCCAUUAUGAUUGGUGAUGCACUUGGAAGGAAUGAAAUGCAGAAGAUACUCGAGCACUUGGCUGAACUGAAAUCUCCAUGGAACUGCCCGCAUGGAAGACCGACUAUGCGCCACUUGGUUAACUUGGCUGUAAUCCGUGAGAGAGAAAAUUAUCCAGAGAUUAUUACUUUGUGAUGAACAUUGGUAGUUUUGAUAUUUCCCCGCCAAUGUGAUUUAAUUUUGCAACUUAGUUACUCUGUACAGUAUGUAGAGACACUGGAUUUUUUACCCUAAAGGGUCCAGAGACUGGACUUGAAUUAAAAUGCAUAGAUAUUCUCAUUUGCUAAA